AUGGAGAAACUAAAGAUCAGAGUUUCCAAUAUCCAUUGCGAUAAGUGUGAAGUGACUAUAUCCAAAUCAUUGGCUGGAUUUGGAAUCAAAGCUCGAAUCGAGGAGAAUGGUGAAAUCUCACCUCUGUCGUAUUCAAUAGCCAACAAUGAUAUUACCGUGUACGGACAUGAUUUACUCCACAAGAAAAUAGUAAAAGAUAUCGCAAAAUCUGGUUUCAAGGUUCUUUCGUGGGAUUUAGUUAAGGAAGGAGAUGAAGCAUCUCCUAUUGAAGAAUCCAGUGAGUUACUGGAAGGUAUGGAGGAAAGUGUAGAUUCACAUGUAAUAUUUUCAAAUCUUUUCAACUUCUGGUCCAAGUAUCAGAAAACUAGGCAGAGAAAGAAUCAUUUCAAAAAUUGUCUUAAGUGCCAAGAAGAGGAAAAGAGUAAGUCGAAAGAGUCUGAUGAGAGGCUUUCCUCUUCGUCAUUCGCAGACUCAGAUUCUACUGUGAAUCAAGUUGUGAUUGGGGGCAAGGAAGAAAAAGAAUACAGAGUGGUGCUUACGGUGGAAGGAAUGACAUGUGCUAGUUGUGUCAAGGCAGUUGAGGAACAAAUUGCUAGGGUACUUCAAGAAAAUGGAAUCAAGCUGGCGCAUGAUUCGUCCAGUGGUAAUUUAUCUGUUAAUUUACUACUGCAUAGUGCUGUUGUAAUUCUUCCAAACAAGCAGAUCAUAAACAAAAUAAUCGACUCCGUUGAAGAAGCUGGUUUUGAAUGUCGCCUAAUUGAAGCAUUACCUGUUGAAAGGACAAUCAAUUCUAAAGUUACUGCUGCUUUGGGUGGUAUAACGUGCGCAGCUUGUGCUGUUGCGAUACAAACUGCAGUCAAUGACUUGUCAUUCAUCUUAGACUGUGGAAUUAAUGUUGUCAGUAAGACAGGUACCUUUGUGAUGGAGGGAGGACAAGAAAAUCUCAAGAAAUUACAAGAUACUAUUGAAGAUAUUGGAUAUGAAUUUGAAUUGAUUUCUGAUGAGCUCAUUAAUUAUACGUCUUCGAAAAAGAAGUCGAGAACUAUUAACGUGAGCGUGGAAGGAAUGUUCUGUGGUCAUUGCCCAGAACUUAUCACCGAUUACCUCUCUUCGUUUGGAGAGGCUUUAGUUAUUGAAGAUCCUAUUACUUUAAAGCACCCUUUCAUUAAAUUUACAUAUUUACCUAACCCAGAAAACAACAUCACAGUAAGGAGGUUUCUUCACGAUAUAAAUCAUUUGAAUGCAACUAUGGAGAAUGGUUAUACUAUAAGCGAAAAUGCGGGCUCCUUCAAAGCAACGCUAGUUGAAGUAGUAUCGAUGGACGAGCAUUUGAGAAAACUCUCUCGGAGAGAAGUUAUGAAAAUUGUAAGAAGAUUGAUCAUUGCAGUCGUAUUUGUAAUUCCGACUUUUAUUUUCGGAAUAGUUGCCAUGUCAUUGCUUCCCAAGAAGCACAAGUUUAGAAUGUGGGUUGAAGAACCAUUAUGGGUGGGAAAUGUUUCCAGGAAUACUUGGAUUCUCUUAAUUUUAAGUACACCUGUUUAUCUAUUUGCUGCUGAUAUCUUCCAUGUAAAGGCUUAUAAAGAAAUUAAGCUGCUUUGGUUAUACAAAAAUUCGUGGACCAAGCGUUUUUUCAAAUUUGGGUCUAUGAAUCUAUUAAUGUGCUUAGGUACAACCGUGGCCUACUUUGCUAGUAUCGCUCUUUUGAUUUUAUCUUCGAGGCAAACUCCUGGGGCUAUGCAGGGUGACACUACAACUUACUUUGAUCUGGUAGUCUUCCUCACAUUUUUUUUGCUUAUUGGUAGGUUGUUAGAAAGUUUUUCAAAGAGUAGAACUGCAGACGCAAUUUCUAAUCUCAGUAACUUAAAGGUGAAUCUGGCCCACUUGAUUGACAAUAAAACGACAAACGGUGAAGAGACUAUUGAUGUGAAGUUUUUAGAAAUUGGGGAUGUCAUUAAAAUAGUUCCAGGGGACUCACCUCCUGUCGACUGUACGAUUGUAGAAGGUUCCGCUGAAUUUGACGAAUCUGCACUUACGGGAGAGUCUAAACCUGUAAAGCAUGUUAGAGGUCACCAGAUAUUUUCUGGUACGGUAAAUGUUGGUAAUGAGGCGGUAACUGCUAGAAUUACUGGCUUACAAGGAGAUUCUUUAAUCGACCAAAUUGUUAGUACAGUAAGGGAUGGUCAAUUGAGAAAAGCGCCAAUUGCAAGGACAGCAGAUACCUUGACCAGUUUCUUUGUUCCAGUAAUUGUUGUAUUAGCAGUACUAACUUGGGUGAUUUGGCUAUCUCUCGGUUACAGUGGUAGACUCCCUGACAGCUACUUGGAUAUAGAAAUUGGAGGGUGGGCUGUAUGGUCACUUCAGUUUAGUAUAGCAGUAUUUGUCAUUGCCUGUCCUUGUGGAAUUGGUUUGGCUGCUCCGACUGCUAUGUUUGUUGGAUCUGGUUUAGCUGCAAAAUAUGGUAUAUUAGCGAAGGGAGGUGGUGUAGCUUUUCAAGAUGGUGCAAACACUAACGUAAUAUGUUUUGACAAGACAGGUACUUUAACCAAGGGAGAAUUGAGAGUGACUGACUACUCAUAUUUCAAUAAAUCGUUGAAACUGGUGUCUUUGCAGGCUACGAGAGAUCUUGAAUCUAUUUCUAAACACCCUAUUGCAAGGGCCAUAAAAGAAUUCUUAAAUUCUGAUUUUGGAUUUUCAAACCUCAAUGCAACUCCAGAGAAGAAUAAGAUUCCUCAAGUGGAACUGAUAGCUGGAAAGGGUUUGAGGGGAGAAUUUGUCAUUAAUUCUGCUGAUAUUGGAUGGGAGCAUUUUGAGAACAAUUGUGAGGCAAUCUUGGGUAAUGAGAAAUUGAUGAAAGAUUAUGCAGUAGAAUUUACUCAAAGCAAUACAGAUCUUAUCACUAAAUGGAAGCUGGAGAGUAAAUCGAUAGUCCUUGUUGCAAUAAAGUCCGAAUCAUUCUUUGAUGAUGAUAAGUUUCACCUUACUUUUGGACUAGGAUGCAGAGAUCAAGUAAGACCUGAAGCCAAAACUGUACUUUCUUACCUUCAAAAGAAGAAGAUUGAAUGUUGGAUGAUAACAGGUGACAAUAAACUCACUGCAGAAGCAAUUGGAAAAGAGAUUGAAAUUCCCCCAGAAAGAAUUAUUAGUGAAGUAUUACCGGAUGAAAAGCAACUUCAAAUUCAAAUAAUUCAAAAGAAAGAUAACAGGAAUGUUGUGGCCAUGGUUGGUGAUGGUAUUAAUGAUGCACCCGCUCUUGCGGCUGCAAAUGUGGGAAUUGCGUUAUCAUCAGGUGCCGAUCUAGCUGUUACCUCCAGUGACUUUAUUAUUCUUGACAACCCUAACCCUUUGGUCACACUUGUCACUUUAUUCGACUUGUCCAGAGCAGUUUUCCGCAGAGUGAAAUUCAACUUUGGCUGGAGUUUAGUUUAUAACUUGAUUGGUAUCCCAAUUGCUGCGGGGGUUAUUUACCCAUAUAAGAAUUCAAGGUUGAGUCCAGUUUGGGCAAGUGCAGCAAUGGCUCUUUCGUCCAUAAGUGUUGUUACUAGUAGUUUAGCUCUUAGAUUGUACAGACCAAAGAUCAAAACUAUAACUGAAUUAACAGUUGAAGAAAUAGAACCAAAGGAGGCGGAAUAG